UACAAAUCAUAUCGGUUUAUUUAUUAUCAAUCAACUUACUAAGGAACAAUUUGCAACGUUUUCAAUAGAUCAUCAAAUACAACUGGAUAUAAUAGAUCAUUUGGAUAUUAUAAGUUAUAUUCGUCACUAUGCCAGCUGAAAGAAGACUCACAAGCGCAGAACUUAGGCGCAAGACUAACAAGCCCAUUAUGGAAAAGAAAAGACGCGAAAGAAUAAACAAAUGUCUCGAAGAGUUAAAAAGUAUCGUCUUGAGAUCUGUCAGUGAAGAAUCUAGGCCGAACAAAUUAGAAAAAGCAGAUAUUCUCGAAAUGACGGUUCGAUAUCUCAGAAACAUGAAACACUCUACUGUAGCAAAAAACUCGGAAGGAACACUCUUUUCGGACUCAAAUGGUUACCAUCGGCAGUCUACGCAAAGUCAUCAGAAGCCAGCAAUGAAAUGCGAAUAUUUAGGAUAUCCUCCACUCAAAGAUAGAAGAGACAGCCGAUUUGAACCAUAUCGAAGACCGAUGGUAAAUGCAUCGCAUAUGGUAGUACCGUCUAACAUAGGACGUUAUGGUCCACAGAAGACACUACCAGUUCCGACUAUUCCAUUCAACAUUCCGGGAAAAUAUUCACCGAUUCCAGUAUCACCUAUUUCUUCAGCGUCGUCAAAAUCACCAUCUCCGAGUGGCACUGAUUCAACAUUUGACGAGUUGGAAAUGUGCAGGUUUCGACCAGUGGAAAACAGCAUGCAAGCCUACAGCUGUCAAGUUGUACCUUCUCCAAAUAAUACAAACCCGGAAAGUCCACCUGUCCAAUGUCCUGUUUGGACCUCGAUGUCAUCGCACGCCUGUACUAUGAGCAACGGAAAUCGCAGUUUUUCACCUGAAAGCUCCUGCAGUUCAUCCAUCGAAUUUUCAUCAACUCAAUCCUUCAAUAUUUGUCCAAAAUCAGAAGAUUUUCUAUGGCGACCAUGGGGAGUUGCUUCCUAAAACCUUAUAUAUAUAAUUAUUAUUAUUAUCUUUUUUUCAGUUUUUCUUAUGUAUAUAUAUAUUCUGAUUUGUGUUCGUGCCUUCAAGUUUGUGCCACAUUUUCAGCUGUGGAAUUUUCUUUGAUGCUUUUGUUACAUAUUGUUCAUAAGCAAUAAAUUCAGUCAUUGUCUAUGACCUGCCUUUAAAA